AUGGAAAUCCACAGACCUGACGGAAGCUUCAUUUGCGACGACAUCAGCACCGCCAAUGGCAUCCCAGAUCGUUCGAAAUUUGACACCGAGCACACGAUCAGGUACAUAUGGAAACAUCUACGACUCCCAGAAUCCAAUUUACGGUUCUCGCUGCCAGGUAAAACUGCUGCGCUUCCUUCUUCAUUCAAGAUCGGACACCUUGCUCAAGCCUCGAUCGCUCUUUCAGCGCUGGCCGCUGCGUCAAUAGAUUCUCUGCACAACAACGCUCCGGCGAGAGAAGUGAGCGUACCGCUGAAGCAUGCUGGCGUUGAGUUCGACUCUGAAAAGCACUAUGUUCUUGAUGGCCAACCGGCGGAGAGUGGCUGGGGUCCUCUCGGUGGACUGCAUCAAACAGCAGAUGGCUACAUCCGUAUGCACGACUCGUUUCCCAAUCAUCGCAAAGCGGCUUGCGACCUGCUUGGUCUGAACGAGCAGACUGCGACGCGAGCAGAUGUUGUCGAGAAGCUGAAGCAUUGGCGAGCGCUGGACAUCGAAGAUGCUGCGAUGAACCACAAAGCUGUGAUUUACGCGCUUCGGUCUUAUCAGGAAUGGGAUCGUCUACCUCAAGCGACAGCUGUGCCGAAAUGCCCAAUCGCCAUUCGCAAGAUCAAUGAUGAAGGUCCGAAAGGCCUGCCGGAGCACAUGCCGAAGAACGCCGAUCGCUGUCUACGAGGCCUGAGAGUCUUGGAAUUCACCAGAGUCAUCGCGGGACCAGUAGCCGGUAAGACACUUGCCGCACAUGGCGCUGAUGUUCUCUGGGUGACGUCGCCAAACCUCCCUUCGCAGCCAGCCUUGGACAUUGACGUUCAGAGAGGCAAGAGAACGAUUCGGCUGGAUUUGAACGAGCCUAAAGACCGGGGAACAGUACAUCAGCUUAUCAAGGAUGCUGAUGUCUUCCUUCAGAGCUACAGACCUGGCUCUUUCGCAGCCAAAAAUUUAGGCCCCGCAGAUCUCGCCAAGCUGCGCCCAGGGAUCAUAUACGCCAGUCUGAAUGCUUGGGGCGACGAAGGGCCGUGGGCUCACAACCGAGGGUUUGAUAGCAUAGUUCAAACUGUUUCUGGGAUGAAUGUUAGCGAGGCAGAACAUUUCGGCACUUCACCUGCUAAAGCGAUGCCUGCUCAAGCGCUUGAUCACGCAGGUGGAUACCUUCUCGCGACCGGCAUCUCGGCUGCGUUGUACAAGAGAGCUACAGAAGGUGGUAGCUGGGAGGUCAGCGUGAGUCUGGCGGGUGUGAUGAAGUAUCUCAGAAGUCUUGGACAGCAUCCUGGUCGUAGUGGUUUUGAAUGUGAUGGGUUGGGGGAGGGAGAUCUGGAAAACUUUCUUGAAGAGCGGAAGACGGGAUUUGGAACGUUGAGAGCCGUAAGUCAUUCGGCGCAGGUGGAGGGUAAAAUGCCGGGAUGGGAUGUGAUGCCGAAACCUCUGGGUACUGAUGAGGCACGGUGGCUAUAA